GCGAGAGAGAGAGAGAGAGGGAGAGAGAGAGAGGGGGAGGCGAAGGAGAGGAGAAGGAUCGAUGGAUGUGGAGGGAAGCGCUUCGGAUGGGUCGAGGCAGGUGCGGGUGCGCUUCGUGACGAAGCUGCGGGCGCCGUCGCUGCGGGUGGCCGCGGCCUCCAUCGCCGUCCCUUCCUACCUCACCCGCAUGGGCCUCUCCGAGAUCGUCAACCUACUCCUCGAAAACGCCAAUCCCGAACACCAGAACCAACCUUUCGACUUUCUUGUGGAUGGAGAGCUUGUUCGCAUGCCGCUCGAUCAGUUCUUGUUGGCCAAGGGUAUCUCCGCAGAGAAAGUACUUGAAAUUGAAUAUGUGAAGGCAAUUGUCCCUAAGAAGCAAGAAGAUCCUUGUAUCCAUGAUGAUUGGGUUAGUGCGGUAGACAGUUCUAAUGGAAGUUUCAUACUAACAGGGAGCUACGACGGCUUUGCGAGAGUGUGGACAGGAGGAGCAGUGUGUACACACAUUUUAGCAGGACACAAUGAUGUGGUUACUUCUGCUAGGGUUAUUAACAGAAAAGGACAUGAGGGUGAAAACAACUUCUAUCUAGCUACUGGAUCAAAAGAUCGUUCAUUGAGGUUAUGGAAGUUUGAUGCAGCUGAACAUGUGGACCAUCCAUUGCGGAUAGGAGCAUACAAAAUUCUUCCAGGACACACAUCAUCUGUUCAGAGUAUUGCCUCCGACCCCUCUAGUGAAAUGAUUUGUUCUGGCUCCUGGGACUGCUCUAUUAAGUUGUGGGAAGUCAAUGGAUCUGAAGCAGCAGGUGAUACUGUCUCUAUAAAGAAGCGAAAGUUGAACUCGACUUCAUCAGAAUCUGAAGAAUCUCAAUUGGAGGGAGCUGCCACAUCGACCCUUUUGGGACAUACACAGUGUGUAUCCUCUGUUGCUUGGCCACAUCCUCAAAUUAUAUUCUCAGCAUCUUGGGAUCAUUCUAUCAGACAAUGGGAUGUUCAAACAGGAAAAGAGAUUAGGAACAUGGUCUGUGGGAAGGCGCUGAAUUGCUUGGAUAUCGGUGGUGAAAGCUCUGCACUUAUUGCUGCUGGUGGGUCGGACCCAAUUUUGAGGAUUUGGGAUCCUCGUCAACCUGGAACCCUAGCUCCUGUUUUCCAGUUCUCUUCUCAUUCAUCUUGGAUCUCUGCUUGUAAGUGGCAUCCGAGGUCCUGGUUUCAUUUGUUAUCCACUUCUUUCGACGGAAAAGUAAUGUUGUGGGACUUACGGACUGCGUGGCCGUUGGCGAAAAUCGACUCGCACAACGACAAGGUAUUAUGUGCUGAUUGGUGGAAAGAUGAUAGUGUGGCCAGUGGAGGCGCUGAUUCAAAGCUCUAUAUUACUUCUGGGAUAGAAAUCCAUUGAGUGAUGAGAUGGGUUUCUCUCUUAUGAUCUCUUUUAUCUGCUUGAUCCCUUUAAAGAAUACCGUAGCUGUAUUAUUACAUAAUUAUGUAGUCUUGGCGAAGCAUAUUGACGUAGAGCACAAAGUGCGCUAUUUUUUCAACAGAUGCUCCAUAGCAGAUGAUUUUUGCUCCGCGCGUGAAAUAUGGAAAGAAGGAACGAAUAGUUCUUUGAUGUUAGUCCCUUGAGUUAUUAUUCCCAUCAGUUUUGAAGCCUAAACAACGUUGUAUUUAUUAACUGAUUCUUGCUUGGAUUGCAGUGAGAGCUUCUGAAUUCGAUCGUAUAUUCAGCUAAACACUAGUGGAGAUUCUUGUAACGCAAAUUAACUCAAAACCUUUUAAAUUAGAAUAUUAUGAAAGAAACUGUUCUUAUUAAGUU